AGACCAGAUUCUUCCAAAGCAACCCCACAUAGUGCCCCAGCAAACACAUCAUGAGUACAGGAUGAACAUAUGCUUAUCUGUCUCACCUCUUAAAAAAAACGCUGAAGUUUAAUGAGCUUGAUUAGUCUGAGCAUUGAAAGGCAGAAACUAGUUUUAAAAGUGUUACCUUCAGUGACUUGCUUGAAGACACUCAAUGAAUGGGGGCCAGCACUGGAAGCGGAGGGUGAGUGCCCCCUGAUCAGGUACCACUUAAUCCAUUCUCUGCAGGAAGUGAUGAAGGUUUGCAUUGGCUGAUACAGUGCACUGAGUAUUUUAUUGUCUCAAGACCAAGUCUGAGAUUGGUUCUACCAAGCAGCCAGUCAUUCAGAUAUUAUUGUUUUUCAGAUAGCCUUAGUCUGCAAAUCAAGAGGAAGUCUUGCAGACUCAGUUUCUGGUAAGGCUUCCACCUUUUGCUGAGAAUUGCCAGCCAGUCGUAGAUACCCAAAAUAGUUCUCUUCUGCAGAAAUGAGGAAGUGCCAAUACUUGCAAGGAUUAGCAAAAUUAACUGAGUGUGUGUGUGUGUCCCCAACAGUGUAGGAGAAUUGAGUUAGAACAUCAGUCUGCCUGUCUCAGCCAGCUCAUCACCAUCCAACCCUGAGCAAUAUGCAGCAGUUUUGCUUGCUGAUACGCUCCCAUGAACUUCCCUGUGUUCCCACUCUCUCUCCCCAUGCAACCUGAUUUAUGCUCACAUGCUGCUUCAGCAAAUCUUUUUAACAACCUAAUCCUGAAGCCCUUGAAAUCAACAACAAAGUGCCUUCUGACAUGUACGAGUAACAAUGUCAGUCUUUGUUUGGUUUGACAUAUGUUGUUAUUUUGAGAUGAAUUGAGUAACCCAGGAUGACCUCAGAAGAGUUCAGUCCAUCCAAUAGCCUAAACUUCACGUGGAUCAGGCUCUGCAAGCCACACUGUGCCGUGCUGCUUGCUCUGCCGGAUGGAUCACUAGACCAUCCAUGUCAGCAACUGAUAUGACUUGUUACAAAGCUGGGAAAUUUUCUCUGCAAGUGAAAUCGUGCAGUAACAGCAACUUUUUUGGAAAGUCAAUAAGUCAGGGCCGGGUCAUGGAGAGCACUGCGUCACAGUUCCUCUCUACAGUCAACCCAAGCCCUCGAGACCAAGUCGCCAGUAGGAGAGCUGGGCCAGUACUGGGCUUUCUGGCUGGCGUGGGGAGCUCCCCGGCUGAGCGGCGGUGGGGCACUACCCCAACCCGGCACCGCGGGCUCCCGGGGAGCAGGUAUCGGAGCAGGUUUCGGAGCAGAGUCGCCCGGCCCCCCGCCCCCGCCCGUCCCGGCGCCCUCCCGGCCCUCGGGCACACGGCAGGAACCCGGCGGCGGGCGGGAGGAGCUGCCCGCGGGAAACGAAACUCAGCCGCCCGCUCCGCCCCGGACCAUGGCUGCUGCUGCUGCCGUCGACCUCGAGCGGCUCCUGGGCGCCGUGGACCUGAGCUGCGCUUGCUGCCUGCAGCAUUUCACGGAGCCCGUGCGGCUCACGGGCUGCGGCCACAGCUUCUGCCGGGCCUGCAUCAUGGAGUACUGCAAGGGCAGGCAGCGCGCCGGCUGCCCGCUCUGCCGGGAGGGCUUCGAGCUGAAGGACCUGCGGCCCAACCGGGAGCUGGCCGCUCUGGUGAACCUACUCCUGCAGGAGGUGAAGGAAGCAGAGUUGGAAACACAGGAGGAACCCAGACCCUCCGCAGCUGUUGCCUGCGACGCCCAGAGCUCAGCGGGGCGGCGACCUGGGGAGAAGGAAGAAGAGAUAUGGGACAUCUCCAAGCAACUGGAAGUGACUGCUGAGACCAUCCACCUCUUGAGGAAAGAUCUCAGUAAAACGAAGGAAUAUGCAUCUCAGAUCAAAAGUCAGAUUACUAAAGAUUUCUGUUGCAUGAAGGAAUAUGUUGAAACACAGGAGAGAAACACACUGAGGUUCAUUGAACAAGAGCAAAAAGCAACUCAACAGAAAAUUGAACAGACCAUUCACCAGCUCUGUGUUGAAAUGAACAGGCUUAUAGACAUCAAAGCCCAAAUAAAUAAUUUACCUGAGAAACAUAGGUACAAAGGGUCACCUUCAACAAUGGAUAAAAUUACACUUGAUGAAAAACUUAAUGGGGUCAAAACUGCUGUAGAAGAUCUUAAGAGAAAGUUGGAAAUUUUACUUUUGGAGAAGUAUGCUCGGCAGUUCCCACCAGCGCAACCUUCAGACUUAUAUCAGGAGACAGAUGUCUGCUCAUUAUCUCCAGAGUCUGCAGCUAAAAACCCAGAACCAAUCAUUUCAAGCCAGUUUUCUCAGUGGGCAGAUGAUGUGACUUUUGAUCUCACAAGAGUUUAUGAGCGCUUAGCAAUCACAGACCAGAACAGGAAAGUAAUGGUUUCCAGCUACCCAACUUACUAUGAACCGUCGCCCAACAGAUUCUUCAUCAGCCAAGUGAUGUGUUCGCAGAGCUUCUCUACUGGGUGCCACUACUGGGAAGUAAUUACCAAGGACAGUGAUGGAUGGGCUGUUGGAGUGGCUCAUGAAAUGAUUGGUAAACGGGACAAAUUAGGAAGAACAGAGCAUUCCUGGUGUGUGGAAUGGCUAGGUCCCAAAAAGCAGUUGUCAGCAUGGCAUUGGAAUCAAGAAACCUUAUUACACAAGGAGAAACCAUUGAAGGUUGGAGUUUUCCUGGAGCUACAGAAGAAGACUGUGUCAUUUUACUCCAUCACUGACAAAGAAAUGCUUUUGCAUACUUUUGAAAUCAACAGCUCCAAUCCUCUUUACCCUGCUUUCUGGUUAUAUAGUCUAGAAACAAAUGGAUCUUUAACUUUAAGUCACGCAAACAGGAGAUAAAGCCUAUUCAGAAAAGUGGCAAUUUUGCCGAUGACUGCAGAGCUUCUAUAUAAACUUCAGUGUUCAGCACAGGAAUUUGCCAUGGAGUGUAUAGCUACCCAGGCCUUCCUGGAAAUCAGCAGCUGAUACUUUGCUCUGCUUUUCUUCGUGCUGUGCUCUGAUCUAGCCAUACUUCAUUAAAGCAACUCCAGUGUAUGCUAAAGGUGGUGACCA